UCGGAGUGACACACACUUGUGACGGCAGCGCUCCUGAUGACAUCCGUCUGUGUGUCCGUCCGCUGAGAGCUGCGGCUCCUCUUUAACCUCCCAGUGUUUUGUUUUGUUUUUGUUUUAUUCUACGAAACCAGCAGACGCGGAAGCCGCUUCACUCCCGGACCAACACGUCGGUUCGGGUCACCACGCGAGCACUAGUCCGUCCGCGCAGGAAUGGUGAACGCGCCUCGGAACUGCCUGCCUUGAUGACGGCUUCUUUCCCCCCCCCUGCAACAGAAGAAUAGAUUCUCCCUCCUCGAACAAUUUGACGCAGCAGGGGGUUGAGCAUCUUGCCUGGGCUCUGCUCCGGCAAUGUCCACUCUGCUGCGUGGGCGUUCGGCUGUCAGGUGCCUCUUGAUGAAGGAGCCGCAUAAAAGCGGGCGGAGGCAUCGCCAUCAAUUCUGCGCAGCUGAAGAUAACCACAUGUUUUCAGAAACACCAGCCUGCUCACAGAGAGCAGGACCUGAUUCCUGCAGGGAGACCAGACUUCUCUCAGCCUCGUUUUUGUGUGUAAUCGCUUUUGCUGUUGAGUGUACAACAAUGAUUUAUGAUCAGGUGUUUAUGAAUAAAAUGGUGGGGUGUUUUUUUUUUGUUUUUUUUCCUGCAGCUUGUUGAGGCUGUUAUCUCUGCUGGUGAGUAGAGAGGAGGCGUUAUGAUCGCCUCUGCAGGCUUCCACUGCACAAACCAACAUUUUGUUUUCCCAAAUCAUUAUAAUUAUCCUCUAUUAUUCCACAAAAAGGCAUGACCAUCCUUUAAUAUUCAAAUAGAAUUCCCACUCCCACUUUUCAAUGAUUUUCCUUAAGUUCAGAGUCUUUAAAAUGUUGUAAUUGUGUAUUUUCUUUAUUUAGCCGCCACCUCUGAGAAGAUCUGGUAUUUGGCAUCUUGUACUGUUAAAAAGUGGCAGAAAAACUGUCAGAUAAAACUGAGAAGGCGACUGUUUGAUCAUCUGAGCGUCCUCAUCUGACACUCUGCGGUUUGGCAGACGCCGCAGCAUGAAGCGGUGUGAUGCAAACACGCCGGUGCCCAGGCAGAUCAGGUGGCGCACAGUUUGUUUUCAUUUGUUUAUUGAUUUCAUUGAGAACUGCCAGCUGGAGUGGCUUCCUAAAAGCACAGUGAACCAUUUACACAAUUCUAAUUCAUUUUCUAAUCAGACAUGUGAUUAGACUUAUUAAAGGGUUGUUGUUUUUUCCGCAUAUGAUUUUCAGAGAAUCUCUCUUUGGUGAAUUAUAAACCUUAAAUGAGAAUACAAUUUUUAUUAUCUGAAAUAGUGGUGCCCAACUAUCGUUCACCAGACUGGUACUGAUCCGUGGGACGGUUGGUACCGGGCCACAGAGAAAAAACACGUCCCACAUUAUAUUCAUAAUCUCACUCUGAGAGAAGUUUUAUUUUGAAAAACUACUGGGUUCUUUCCAACUCAUUCUGUCCCUAUGUCAAGCCGCUAGGUCACAAAUCCAUCCAUUACUUUCUUAAAGUGGCUGCACCGACCGCUAAAUGAAAACCACCAAGCAAAGUUAGAAAAAGACAAACGUAUUUGGAACAUUUUUUUCACAAAAAAGACUCAGCGAGGAAACAAAGAAGAGCCUUUGACUACAAAAUAAAAGAAAGCUGAAUUUCACAGACAAAAACCAGGAGUCUUGACUCUACAUAUGGAUUUAUUGUGACAGUUGUUCCCACAGACUUUGAUAAUAAUGCAGAAUACUCAUGUUAAUGUUGCUAAUAAAGUCAUAAUAAAGUUGGUCAAAAGGUGGAUUCAAGUUUAUUCAGGAGAAAAUUUAAAAUUAGCCAAAUGGGUUGAAAAUUGAAAACAGCAUGAAAUUACUAAUAGCAGUCAGCAAUAAAAUACAUAAAAGAUAAAUAAGAAUGCAAAGAAACAAAUUAAAAAAAUGUAAAAUAAAAUGACACAGACUUCAAAGCCAUAAAGUGAUUCUAAAAAGGUGGGUUUUUAAUUGACAUUUAAAGUUGUUAUGGUCAGAUAUCACGCGCAGUUCUGCAGGAAUGUUAUUCCAUAACUGAGGGUCAGAAAUGGAAAAAGCACGGUCACCCCAGUGUUUCUGUUGUGACAUUGCACAUCAGACAAAUUAUUUAUCUACCGCAUCUGAAAAGUUUGACGACGCAGAAGUUGGCGUUCAAUUUCUUUUGUUUGUUUGUUAUGGGUGGAUUGAAAAUCUUUAUGACAUUUUAUUGGUUGCUACACGCAAUCUAGAAAGUUUAAAGCAGCUGAUGAUUUUUCACAGAAGAUGAAGAUGGACUUUACCUUCAAAAGGGAAACAUGACACUUAAAAAAAAUUGCACGCCAACUUUAGCCUCAUAAAGACCGAUCUGUGAAAAUGUUGUCUGACGUUAAACCGGUCUGUGGCCUGAAAAAUAUUGGAGACCACUGCUCGAAAAGGUUUUUUUCUUAUAAAAAAGAGAAUAAGUUUAUGAAUUAUAAUUUUUGUAGGUUUAGAUUGCCCAAGUGUGAGAUUAAAAAAACUGUUUUGAUAGUUUUUAAUAGGGACCAUGCACAUCACAGAGGAAAAUGAGGAGAAAUGAGGAGCUUGAAUAUUAUACCCAUAAUGCACUGUAAUGCUGCCCGCUUUCCUUUGUUUGCUUGACGCAUAAAUGUCACGUUAAAGUUAACCAGUCUGCAGGAUUGUGGAAAUGUCUGCAUUUUUGUGGCCCACUCUGUGUAUGAGCGAAAAGUGAUCAGAGUGAUAGUGACUUCCACCAUGAUUAAACUGGGUCAAUGUAACCCCCACCCCCUCCACCACAGGCAAGGCUGGAAAAGGGAACAAAAAAAAGAGAGCUGAGGACACCAUCACCAGAAUCUGUGCACGGAUUUAAGCAUGGGGACGCUGGAGCGUGCUUUGCUCUCUCCAUGGCUUUGCAUAAACCCAGAUGCCUCCCCUCCCUCUUGACGAGCGCAUAGUGGUCAUUCAGCGCCCAAAAAACCUAGCUUUUUGUGAAGCAUCCCCGGAAACCAUCUCCCAACACCCGUCUCACAUUACCUCCUCUUCUAAUGGACACAGUUCUCAUCAUCCUCAUGUCCAACCGUCUCAGUCCCAGUGUUAUUUACCCUCCUACAAGUCUCAAAGUGUGGAAUGCAAGCGCAGGUCCUCCCGAGUGCAAAAGUGCAAGGGCGAACACCCCGUCAUCCCGCCAGUUGUUAGACACAUCCCAAGCCACUGCCACAGCAAUGGCACAGUAACGCUGGGCCCACGGCUGCCCUCCCACACACAUACCAUUGAUAUCAAGGUGAAAGUGGACAAAGGUGGGAGAGGAGUACCCAGCAACUCGUUAGGGCGUGGUGGAAGUUUAAAGGGUGGCAAAGGGAAAGGUGUCUUCAGUCAGCUGGAUCAAGGACAGUGUGAAAGAAGAACUGAAAGCACAGAGAGGCCAAGGGGAGUGGAACACAAGUCACAGCGAAUACGCCAGCUGUCGUCCGGCCCAGGAGGGGUCCUUCAGUUUGUUCCCGCUCAGGCACAGCAGUAUAAUUUCCGAGGUGAAAAAGAAAAGGAAAACGCUAGCUUUCAAAACAGAAGCGAGCAGAAAAUUCCCUCUUUGAGUCACAAGAAGACGUCCAAGCUGGGAACUGCCCAUCAGAGCCAUAACAGCCACAGUCUGCCCUUCCAGCACAACUCAGUCCCUGUGCCCCAUGCUGCCAUCUUAAACUCAAACCAUCCUUCGUCUUUUUCCGCCCAGUCCUCACAUGUCCCAGCCUCGACCCAGCAGGCUCAGCGGCCUCGCUCCAGGGAUCAGCGCCCUCAUAUUUUUCAUGGGCUUCCCCUCUCCCCUUGCUCCUCCAAUGCUGGAGGGUUCCCCAGCCCUGACCACACUUGCACCAUUGACUGUAGGCAUCCUUUUAUUUGUGGUUGCUUGAGGCUGGUGAGAUGCGGGGCAUGUAAAGGAGAUUCCUCUAGUUUCCGAGGGCGGGGAGGAAGCACCUCCACCUCAUUUUCCUGUGGUCCUAAUGUUGAAGCAGUUAGAGGAGGCAGCAAGGAAAUGAGCCUAAGAAAUCUGGGUGGGUGUCUUUCCACCACAUCCACAUCCAACACAUCUUCGUCCAACAGCACUGUGUCCGACUGUCGAGCAAACCUGUUCAAACCUCUCCGAUGUGCCUCUUGUUCAGGUGAGGCCAGAAACUUUGAGAGUCCUGCAGUCCUUCGCAAAAAAUUAGUAGGAGGAUGCUUACCUUGCACUCCUUUGUCCUCCACAGCCCCACUGCGGGCAAUACAGAGCUGCGUCACAGGUUGCAACCCCAAAGCCUCUCAGACAGGCAGUUCCACCUGCAGCUACUGCAGCAGUGACCCCAUAGUGGUGACAUACAACCCUCGUCGUGGCAAACCCCCAGGAAGAAGCAUUGGAGCCCCUCAUCCAAUGGCUAUGUUCCACCCCAACGGUGAUGACUACAGUGCACGCAGUAAAUGGCCCGAAGAACUCGCCAACAAGAUGACCCAAUCUAAAGGCCAAAAGACCAAUUCAGGUUUAGGAGCAGGACUUGGAAAGAGCUGUGCAGUCCAGAGCCAGGGCGGUAGCAACGGGACAAGCCCAGUCCUCCUGGACUGUCAGAACCUCCAAGAUUAUGCACAGAAGCAUUUUAUAGACCUGGCUGGCCGAAGGCAGUUUCAGCAAGGCAAAAUGUCAACAAUUGAUUUUGUGGGCUCCAGGUUUGGAUUGAGGUAUGACGAAGGGCGCAGUUCGCUCAAGAGGCUUUUGACAAAAGGGGAAGAAGCAGGCUUUAGCGAUGGCCCUGACCAAGAUGAAACAACGCCAUAUCACAGAUCUCCAUCCCCCCGCUCAGUGUCCCUGCCAUCACCCGUUUCAUUUUCUCCCCCACCCUCCGCUCCGAGCACACUUAUCAAACCCAAGCCUUGGCAGAGAGACAGGGAUGGAGGACACUCGUUACCAUCGGCUCAGUCACUUCACCUGGCCCUGAACUCCCUGAACCGGGAGCAAGAUGAAGAGAACAAUCGGAUGCGCCUCUCCCUUCCUCUUUCCUCGUCUUUGCCAGCUUCGUUGUCCGAUGAGACCGUGAUGACUCCUGAUGCAGAGAACGCGGUCAUCAGUCCGAUACUGCCCUUCCUGUUCCUGGGAAAUGAGAGGGAUGCUCAGGACCUGGACUUGCUGUUGCGACUCAACAUCGGCUAUGUGGUCAACGUGACAACACACCUACCGCUCUACCACAUCAACUCUGGACUGCGCUACAAAAGGCUCCCAGCCACCGACAACAGCAAGCAAAACCUGCGGCAGUACUUUGAGGAGGUUUUUGAGUUCAUCGAGGAGGCGUAUCAGAGUGGACAGGGAGUGCUGGUGCACUGCCAGGCGGGCGUGUCCCGCUCUGCAACCAUCGUCAUUGCCUACCUUAUGAAACAUACCCUCAUGACCAUGACCGACGCCUACAAAUACGUGAGGAGCCGGCGCCCUGUUGUGUCGCCCAACCUUAAUUUCAUGGGUCAGCUUUUGGAGUUCGAGAGGGACCUCAACUCCGGCUUGACUCCUCGGAUCUUGAUGCCUAGACUAAAUGGUGUGGAGACACAGGUUUGAGAGGGGUCAUCGUAGCAUAACUGUGGCAUGAAAAAAGUGUGUGCGUUACAUUUAAAAAAAAUUAAGUGAUUAGAAACAGUCAACCUAGCAAACACUGGUGUGUUGAACAAAAAGAGCACUUUGAAUACUGUGAAACAUGAAAUCUGGGACUGGAUGGUCCAUUUGUUUUAGCUGUAAAUCUUAGACAGCCUGUUUUCCAUACUGUGUACCGUUUAUACUAAAAUGGUAUGUGCCAAAAUUUUGUAUAGCUCAAACAUUACACAGAAUUUUCUUUUUUUGUGUUUUCUCAAAUACCUCUUCCGUCUAACUUCUAUUGUUUACAUUCUCAGACAUACACAGAAAGGCUGCUUUUUUUGCAAUGGAUCAUAAAAGCAUGCAGAAUGUGAACGCAACGGUUCAUCCAUCUCUUCAUCCACAACAACACUGUCGUUUUUACCAAAUGUAGCAGCACACAGAUCCUCGCAAAGCACUUUACUCGCCACGCUUCCACUUAUUAUCAGAAACGAGAACAGACUUUAGUUACUCUUCCAUGUAUAAAUAUAUAUGCAAAUAAUGUGCUGUUUUGUUUUAUGAUUUAGGAAAUGUGCAGCAAGAUAAACCUGCCUAUCACAGAAGAAAUGGUUUUAAUUAUGCUCUGCAGACUCAUUAAUAUAAGAGCAUAUGUCAUUAGUAAAAGUUAAUGGCACUAUUUGUUACGUUUUUGUUAUUUUACCGUGACAACGCGCCGCUUAGCUGGCUGAGCCGGUGCAGACCUCGACUGCAGCGGCAAAGGAAGCCGAUAUAUUUGCUGGUCAUCACAAUGUGUUAAAUAAAGCAUCAGUUCAGAGAGAAAGUUCACCUUUUACCGCUUGUUUUUGUCCAGAUGAAGUUUGUUUUAAAGAAGCCAGCGCAGUGAUAUAGAACAUUUAAGCUAUGUGACCGGAACUUCUUUUGUAGGUGUGCAUUAUUCCUGUGCGUUAUCACUUUUUAAUGCACAACCAGCAGCCAAUCAGAUUUGACAAUUCACCCGGACCAUGGUAUAAACCCUGGUAAGAUAUUUAUGUGAAUAUUUGGAUGAAUUAAUUCAUUCUCUAUAAAACACUGCUGAGUUUAAAUGACAAAACAAGUUUUUAAAUUAAUUUUCAGAAAAUUCUUCUUAAAGUUAGAGUGCAGCAUUUCUGCUGCUUUGGUUAAUAUUUGAUCUUUGGAAGAGCACACUGUCACUUGAUUUAACAUAAAACCGCAACAAUCAACCUGAUGAAACUCUUUGGUUCAAAAUUUACUUUAUUUUGUUUAUAAAAAAAAGAUAGGAUUUUGUAAUCUAAUAUUAGAUUUAUGGUUCUGUGUUCCGAAAUUUUGAGGUAAUUAGAAUUUGCAUAAUGCUGCAGUUGCUCAACUGACCAGUGUAGGCACUUUUUUAAAAUUUGCCUUUUUUUCAUUUAUAUAAGCCUAAAUAUGUGCAUUUUAGAGGUGUGUUCUUUUGAUUGGUAGAUUGGGAAUAUCCAACAAAAGUCAAUUUACUUAGUUGAUGUGAGAAGAGCAAAUUCUCGUCACUGUGCCUGCUAAUUCAGGCUUGAUUUUUUUUUUAGAAUUUUCACAAUUUUCAGAAUUUGAUUGGUGAGGUCAGAGAUUUCUGUCUGCUAAUCAAUGGUUUUCCAUUUAGAGCGACCAAGAGUCUAAGGCUGGUUGCGGCCAUGGAGUAACAUCUCUCAAUAUUCCUCUCAUUGACUUUUGUUGAUUUAUUUGGCAGCAUUGUGUUUGCAGGUAAGCACUUUAAGCCACCCUUUUAGUAAUUUGUGGUUAUCGCUAACCUUUUGAUUGUUCACAUACCUAAUAAAACAAUGGUUGUGGCUUCAUGAUCCAAUCUUUUCUGCUGAGCUGAUUUAAGACAGCUUCUUCUUGUUGCCAUCUUAAAUUGAUUCAAAUGUUACCAAACCAACUGUCAAAAAAGAGUGAAAUGGCUUGACAAACCUGACAGUUGGACUAUUGUUGGAUCAGAAAAUCUCCUACCAGUUAUAAGACACCCCCUCCCGUUUGUGCACAUUUUUUAAAAUGAAGCAAGGUGGAGGGAUAAACACCGAUUUCCAAUAGACGCCUGUCUCUAAUAAACACUGGGCCGGCGGGGUUACUUUUGGAAGGUAUACGGUAUGCCAUUUUUAGCCGAAAUCAAAGAAAAAAUCUGUUGUUUUGUUGGACAUAGUUUCUGCAGAGUAACAGUAGUUCAUUAGAAAUCCCCCUCUGAGUGUGUUCGCACAGAGCAACCCCGCCCCCCUACCCAUUCCCAUUGCCGAACUCUCGGGUAGGGAGCUUGUGACCUGCCUAUUGUAAUUUUUUCGCAUCAAGCAUAAUUUUUUCAUCUGCCCUUGAGUCACAACAAUUGAAAUGAAGACAUACUCAGAAAUGCAAUUUUAAGCUUAAUCUUAUUUCUACAUGUCCUCUAUCGUCAGAAAAAUGCCACAAGAACAUGUUAAAAGCACUAUUUCCAUCGGAGUGGGUCACAAAAUACCUGUCUGAGCCUAAAGCUUGAAUCGACUAAUUGGCUGAAAGGCGACCCAACUGAGUAAGUUAUAGUUGUGAUACAUAAACAAUCUACCCUCAAAGGCAGAUAAGUUAUUUAAACCACACGGAAACUGUUUUAUUUAUGUAAAAAAAAAGUAUUUUAUUUUGAAGAAGGGACUACUUUCUUUUGUCUCCAGUUCCUCUAGUUUUCAAACUUUUCAUUGCAAGACAUAAAGGCAUUACCUCCAUGAAAACAGAAGAAGAGAAGAAAAUAAUAAAUAAUAAUAAGAGUAAAAAUGAAUGCCCGUGAGUGACAUCUAGUGUUUUGUAGUGCUAUAAAAGUCAUGCACUCCUGUGCAGAAGGUUCAAUUGUUGCUGGACACAGAGCCAUACAUCUAAUUAUUUAAGUUUUUGUUUUUUUAUUGGUUUAGAAACAUCCUAAUAUUAAAUGUGGUUGCACUUCAGACUUAGUACAAUUGUGUUUUUAAAUUUGCUUUUCUGCAGUCAAAAAAUUUCACUUGUAUGUUUACACCUUUCCAAGGCCAAAACCUUUUUGGUAUUACUGAUAAAAUGAUUCUCUCCAAACUCCAUGAUGAGGCCACAUGGUUAACUGUGUCGCUAAUGCCUAUGCAUCAUUUCUAAAAUGAGUCGUUUUUUUGGUGUGGUUAUGUGAUUCACUGUGAGCCCCUCUUUCUACAUCACAUCUGAGAUGAGACUGUCCUGCAGAGCGACUCUGAAGUGGACAAACAUGGUGGAAUUUGUGCAUGAUUACAGAACUACUUUGCCCACAAGUGGCUGAUCAGCCUGCUGCAACAUUUGAAGUUUAGACACACUACUAAGACUUAAUAGCAAAUUCAAGCAGAUAUAAGUUCUUUAGUUUGCACUUUUUUUUUAAAGUGAUGCCACAAACGCAUUUUAGAUUAACCCAUACUAGUGAGUUUGUUAUGAAGCUGUUUCAUAUUUUUAAUACCUGUAACUAUUUAUGUUUGUCAAUAAGAUGGAAUUAUUCAUUUCUCCUCCAUUAUCAAUUUUCAAACAACUGCCACUACCGUGAAUUCAAAGGGACCCCAUCCGAUCGUAACUACCAAAUGCGAGUCCCUGAUUGGACAAAGUUCAACCUGGUUUAACUUCCAACACAAGUUGUACAUAAAUCUCCAAAAUGGUCUUAAAGAUCUUCAAAGCUUUGCAUGAGGGUUUGGAACAGGAAAGCCCGAAACGCACACUUACGCGUUUACAUAGACAGAAAUCUUGAAAGCGCGUUGCCAAGGGCGAUGUGAACGUGAUGGUAAUCAGUACUGUCCACAGGCUUUUUAUUUUCUUUUUUGCCCUUAUUUUUAUAGGACUGAUAUUUGGUGUUGUAUAAAUAAGGGAUGAUAGUCUUCUAAAAUUGUCGCUCAAUUAAAAACCUGCUGGACAAGCAUUUAUUUUGAUUUUAUACUAAAAGCAGGGAUUAAUGGAGGACCCUAAAGGUCCCCAUGUCCACGAAGUUCAAGCCUUUGUUUUCAGCAACCAUUUUGAGUCAGCCUGACCUGACAACUUUUAUAGCUUUUGAAAAUUUAAAACUGAAGAAAAUAAUUUUUAGGAAACUCUGUCUUUUUUCUUAGUCUGUCUGAGGAAAAAAGCAGUGACUCUUAUUAUACUGUGUGUACUAAUUGGUAACAGUACUCAUAUCAGUGCAUAAACAUCAGGCGUUAAACAGAAAAGCAUUGAUUGAGCUUAAAAACACAUUUUGAAUCCAUGAAGCCACCAACCCCUGUAAUCUGUUUUUAUUGCCCCUUUGUCCACACAAACACAACUUCUUGCUAAGUUUCCUCUAAAACCAAAAUGCCUUGAGCUUUGCCUUGUUAAGACGCUCCUCUGUUGCUGUCAAGACUUGGUGACCUGAUUUGCUUGUUGGAUUUUUGGCUGAAAACUUUGAUAUGGACUUUAUAUUUUUAUAAUUCUUCAUUAUGUUGGGUAAAGAGGUGAUUCUGUUUGUUUUUUUGUUUGGUUUUUUUUCAUUGUUACAUGGCUUUUUUAUGGUACAAGGCUGUCUGAUAGAAUGGCAUGCUCCACUGGGACACGGUGGAUCUUCAGUUAACACCUCCGCUUUUAUCAGACCUCAGGAAACUGAGGUCCUCAUGCCGUGAACCCGUUUUUACCUCUCGCCAUUCUAUCAGCUGAAGAAGAAAAAGUGCGGCCAAACAAGCUGCUCCCGUCCUCCACCCGAACCUUCCAGGCUGCAGAAAGUGUAGCAUUAAACAUGUGAAGAAGGCCUGUGGCUUAUGGAUUUUUCUACAGACUUUAUAUGCAAAAAGACUGCCGGAGCGAUUUCUUCAAGGCCACGCUGUGCAGACUCUCAUCGCAGUGCUGUGACUGCUGACCUCAGACAUUUGUACUGGAAAACCUCCAAAGGGAAUUCAAAAUGUCCCUUGAAGAAGCGAAGGGCCAGCGUGUGUUUCGUUUGUGUGUGUGUGUCGGUGUGUGUGUGUGUACAAGUCUUCUGUUAGUGUGUUGAACUUGAAAAGCUGAAGUCGGUGUUUGUAUGAUAAACUUUUUGAAAACUGUGUAUAUUUAUGCUUUGCUUAUGAACAGGAACUCAUUUUAAAACAUUGGUUGUGUCCGAACUCCCUACUACUCCCUGCUUAGUGUACUAUAUUGGGUCCAAACCUACAAUUCCAAAAUCCAGUGGUGUGAGGCUCACUAGAUUAGCAAAUAUAGACCACAAUGCAAACAAACUGUUGUUUGUGAAAAAACUAUUUUAGUUUAUUUUCAAUAAAUCAUCCAAAUUUUGAACAUCAGAGCACAGUGGAUUCAUAAAGUAUGAGUAAAAUGUUAUUAUUUGUUGUUUUUUACGUCAGCAAACAAGCUCAGUGGCCUUGUGGUAGAGUGUUCGCCCUGAGACUGGAAGGGUGAUUAGCAAGCAUGUGUCCAAAUCACAUUCACAUUCAAAUCCAGGGCACUAUAUAGUACUGCCCUAUAUGGUCUUUUAGAGGUUAGGGAGUGGUGAGGGAAUUUGGACAUAGCCAUAGUGUCAUUUCCUGUACCAAAUAUUGAAUUUAGGGAUGUUGAUUCUUAGAGAAUGAGCUAGCUAGCUCAAAUGAAAAAGACCGCUUCCUUUCUACCUUUAAAAAAGUGAGAACUCUUCAGGUAUGAUGAAUUAUAGUAAUGCUGUGCUGUUUUCCUGUCCCCCUCUUCCAGAGACCUAGAAACUAAUGUUAUUGGACCUGUGAUGCCUCGCUGUUCCCACUUCCAUUUCCAUAACUGACUCUUUCUCAGUUGUAAUCUUUUCAUAUUGUAAAAUCUAUGUAUUUAGAUGUUUUUACCUUCAUGUACUGACUGUACUCUUCAGAAAUCUUUGAGGUACACUGUGACAAACACAAUGCUGCUAUAUCACAAAGACUUCUGUCCAUCAUUUUUGAGCUGAAUUAAAGCCUGAGCAAACUAAACUGAA